AUCAGUUCAGCACAGAGAAACCCUUUAUCUCAGCAUUAACAUGAGCACAAUGGAAACUCAGAAAGUGCAGAGGGAGCAGGAGAAUACUGUUGAACUGAGGAUCGUGCUGGUGGGAAAGACUGGAGUGGGAAAGAGUGCCGUAGGAAACACUAUUCUGGGAAAAGAGGCAUUCUCAUCCGUCUUGUCGAGCUCAUCUGUGAGCUCAGACUGUGAUAAAGUCAGAGGAAAAGUAAAUGGUAGAAAUGUUGCUGUAAUAGACACGCCAGGCCUUUUUGACACAGAACUAUCAAAUGAUGAAAUUGUAAAAAGAAUCAAGACAUGCAUAUUCCUGUCUGCACCAGGCCCUCAUGUGUUUUUGGUGGUUCUCCAACUGGGAAGAAUCACAAAAGAAGAGAAAGACACAAUGGAGAUCAUCAAGGAAAUUUUUGGUAAAGGUUCUUUACCGUACAUCAUGCUGCUCUUCACACAUGGAGACAGACUGGCAAAGAGUAAGAAGACUAUUCAUGAAUUUGUUGGAGAAAGUCCUCAACUGAUGCAUUUUAUCCAGACAACUAGUGGACAAUAUCACACAUUUAACAACUUGGACAAAGAUCCAAACCAGGUUAUCGUACUCUUUGAACAUAUAGAGCAGCUGAUUACAAGAAAUGGAGGAAGUCACUACACAAAUGAAAUACUUGAGAUGGCUGAAAGAGCAAUUCAAGAGGAACAGUUAAAGAUUCAAAGAGAAACUCAAAUGGAUGCUGAGCAAGCAAGAGAGAAAGCAGAAAGAAGCAGUAAAUACAUGAAAACUGCUGCUGGAGUUGGGUUGGCUACAGCAGUUGCGGGUGUAGCCGCUGCUGCGGCAGUCCGUGGACUUUGCACAAUACAGUAAUUUAUAAUUACAGAUUACAUCGGAAAUUAAGUCAAUUGGACAAGAAUGAAUGAAUAAUGAUCUGUUUUUGAGGAUGCCAACAUCACAGAGUGAUUUACACUCUGAAUUGCUGACUUUAAUAUGUAAGGGCAUUUAGUUCGUGAAGGCUUUUAUUAUCUAUCAGUAGAGGCUAAGGUAUAACUGAGAAGUUUUUGACUUGGAGGUUAAGGUGGUUUCCUUUAUGAUUCCUAUCAUCAUUUGAAAUCUAAAAUAAUCAGGGUAAAUGACAAGAAGGGUGACCAGUAAAUUUUAUAAAAGAUUUCAAAAUUAGUUAUCUUCAUUUCCUCUAUUGCAUGAA